AAAGCUAAAAUCAACAAGACCCCAGCAGUCUUCUUCAAAAGCAAUUCACACACUCACACUAGAACACUAUACUACUACUACUACACAAACUUGCCCAAGUUAGCAAAAAUUGUGAGUUUUUUGCACAUCAUGGAUCAUAAAUGGUCAGAAAAAAACAUGGUGAAUGGAGUAAAUCUACCAGAAAGUCCAAAAGCACCAAUGGAAUUCUUGUCAAGAUCAUGGAGUGCCUCUGCUUUGCAAGUAUGCAAAACCUUAACUAAUUCUUCUUCAUCUCCAUCUCUUCUACCUAAGGCUACCAUUGCAAAUGAUUCCUCUGCUAGUAAUAACAAUACAAAUAGUAGUACUAGCAGUACUGUUGUUGUUACUAUACCUGAGAAUAUCUCUGCUGAGGAAGAAGAUUUAGCUAAUAAGCUUGCUGGAAAUACAUUCUCUUUUGCUUCCUCUGCUACUUCUCAACUUGUCCUUGAACGCAUUAUGUCUCAAUCUAUGCACAAUGGGCAAGAAAUAUCACCAUUGACUUCAGGAAGAUUAUCUCAUAGUAGCGGACCUCUCAAUGGUUCUCUGACUGAAGAAACUGAUAGCCCUCCAGUCUCUCCUUCUGAAGAGUUCGAAGAUGUUGUUAAGUACUUGAAAGCAAACAGCACACUGCAACCAUUAUUCACAAACGUAAGAAACGGAUACAGCGGAUCAGCUGUUGCUUUAGCACCCAACACCCCUGGUGGUAAGACAGUAGGUAGGUGGUUAAAAGAAAGGAGAGAGAAAAAGAAAGAAGAAAGCCGGGCCCAAAACGCGCAACUCCACGCUAUUGUUUCAGUAGCUGGAGUUGCUGCAUCGGUGGCCGCAAUUGCUGCGGCCACCGCAUCUGCAUCGUCUAUGGGGAAAGACGAGCAAAUGGCGAAGACUGAUGCGGCUGUUGCAUCGGCAGCAAUGCUGGUGGCAGCACAGUGUGUGGAGGCUGCUGAAGCUAUGGGUGCUGAUAGGGAUCAUCUUAUAUCUGCGAUUAGUUCUGCUGUUAAUGUGCGUUCCCAUGGGGAUAUAUCAACUCUUACUGCUGCUGCCGCCACAGCUUUGCGAGGAGCUGCAACAUUAAAGGCAAGAGCACUGAAGGAAGUAUGGAACAUAGCAGCGGUAAUUCCAAUAGACAAGGGAAUUGGGGCAGGCACAGGUCGAAACAGUGACCAAUCUCACAGUAAUAGUAGUAGCAGUAAUUACUGUGAGGGACUUGACAUUGAAGAGAACUUUUUGGGUGUUUGUAAUCAAGAAUUGCUGGCUCGGGGUCGUGAGCUACUUAAGAGAACGCGUAAUGGUGAUCUUCAUUGGAAAAUUGUCUCUGUUUAUAUUCAUCGAAGCGGAGAGGUGAUGUUGAAGAUGAAAAGCAAACAUGUGGGAAAAACUAUCACCAAGAAAAAGAAAAAUGUAGUACUAGAAGUUUACAAGGAUGUACCAGCAUGGCCAGGAAGGCAUUUAUUUGAGGAUGGAGAAAAACGUCGAUAUUUUGGACUAAAGACAGAAGUACGUGGUGUGGUUGAGUUCGAAUGCAAGAACCAAAGAGAAUAUGAGAUGUGGACUCAAGGUGUUUCAAGACUUCUCUCUAUGGUGGCUGAGAGGAAGAAGAGAUUUCAAACCUAAUUAAAUGCCAAAGAUAUUACACUAAUAUGUUACUAAUUAGUAGGUACCACUAGUCUUUGAGAACCAGUACUAGAUUAAUUCUAUGAAGGUAGAAUAUAUUGUAUAAAAGUUUUGAUGGGCUUGUGAAAAACAAUCUAAAACUUAUGCAUGUAUUAUAUUCUGUAUGUUUAGACCUCGAAGAAAUUAAGGUGUGA